UUAUCCAAAAAAAGAAAACCCAAAUGCGCGCACUGCGCACCCCUGCUUAGAUUAGCUCCACUGCCCUAACACAAAACAAAGGAAGCGGAAACCCUUCGCGGCUUCACCACAGUAUAGACAGUCGCUCUCGCGCUUAUUCUCACGCUCUUUGAAAAUUAUCGUGAUUUGGAAUGGCUGUACAGAGGAUAGACAGAGGAGAUCUCUGGAAGAACAAGGUACGUGCACUUCAGCUGCAGCUCAGGGACCGGUUUCGAGUCGCUGUGGACCGCCAUCGACGCCGCCGUCAUCGUCCUCAGAUAUUCGCGUCCGACGGCUCUUUGUCCACCGCCAUUCAACGCUGGCUCGGUCUGUUCCGUGACUUCCGUCGUGAUGCUCUCCCUUCCGCUUCUUCUGCUUUCUAUCGUAAACGAGUGAGCCAAGACUUGAAUGUGGAAGAAGAUUCUGUUCUUGUUCGAAUGCUUCAGGCUGUGGCUGUACCUGUCAUUGGGAAUGUCUGUCAUGUGUUUAUGAAUGGCCUUAAUCGUGUUCAGGUCUAUGGUGUGGAAAAAUUACAUGAUGCAUUGUUGCGUAGACCCAAGAACAAGCCUCUUAUAACGGUGAGCAACCAUGUUGCUUCUGUGGAUGAUCCAUUUGUUAUUGCUUCACUUCUUCCUCCAGGUGUUCUCUUGGAUGCUCAGAGCUUGAGAUGGACACUUUGUGCUACAGAUCGGUGUUUUAAGAAUCCUGUUACUACUGCAUUCUUUCGGAGUGUUAAAGUAUUGCCGGUUUCUCGUGGUGAGGGGUUAUAUCAGAAGGGUAUGGAUAUGGCUGUUUCAAAGUUGAAUGGUGGUGGGUGGGUUCACAUCUUCCCAGAAGGUAGUCGUUCACGGGAUGGUGGGAAAACCAUUGGGUCUUCCAAGAGAGGUGUUGGGAGGUUAGUCUUAGAUGCUGAUAAUAUCCCAAUGGUUGUUCCAUUUGUGCAUACUGGGAUGCAGGAAGUCAUGCCUAUAGGUGCUACCUUUCCAAGGUUUGGCAAAACAGUAACUGUACUUAUCGGUGAUCCCAUCGAGUUUGAUGAUUUGCUUAACGAGGAACAAGAAGAAAGCUUAUCAAGGGGAAUGCUUUAUGAUGCUAUAGCUUCAAGGAUUGGCCAUCGACUGCAUAAGUUAAAAGUCCAAGUUGACAGGCUUGCUCUUGAGCAACCAACUGCUGAACGUGCAGCUGAGAUCCUGCAACAGCUUGACUGUGAACCGUUUGGUAUCCGCAAUCACAUAUCAACCGAAGAUUACUUACUCGCACAAGAAACCCAGGCUCAAACCAACCUAGAUUGUUCACAAGAACAACCACUUUUCAGAAUGGGAUUCUGGCACAAAGGUGCAUUUGCUUCAAGGAUGUGUGGCUAUAUGGACCCUUCUGAGCUAAUGGGUUUUGCUGCCAGAGGUUUGUUCAUGAAACAUAGUCGAUCAGGUGAUAGGGUUGCAAGUGUUAGAGAGAUAGGACCAUUGAGAGCAUGGAAACAUUAUCUCGAAGCUAGUCUAUUAGGAAGGUGGAAUACAUGCUAGGAAUACUCUCUCCAGUCUCCAGGCAUCUGUAAUCCCUGAAAUUUUGACGCUCACAGCCAAAAUGCAAAACACUUCUAGAAAGUGUUUUCUUUUUUGUUUCCAUAAUUAGCUUGUACAUAGCUUCUUUCUUUUUGAACAAUUUGACUAUUCAGAAAGUGUUUUAGGAUGUCAAAAUAGAGAAUUUGCGCUGUUAAUUUCCUUCUUUUGAUAAGUUAAAAGAAGGAUGAUUACAAGUCUGAUUACUAGUUGGAAUGAAUGAAUGUAAUUAUGAUUA